UUUAUGUUAAAGUUCAUAUUGUAUAAGAAUUUAAAAAAUGAUACCCUCCUUAAUAGAUGAACAAAAUAUUGUUCAUAUUUCACAUACUUUUCGAACUUUCGAAUUACAUAAACCUAGCUUACAUAAGGUCAUAUAUCAAAACGUACGGUUAUGACAACAUAAGUCUUAAGAGGAGCAUUUACAUUGCAUUUUUGAAAAAAAAAAAAACUUAAAAUACUUUUGUAUUAGAAUUCAUUAUAUACUU